ACCAAAUGUAAUGAUGCUCAGGAAAAAUUGAAAUAUGACAAAUUCCUGCGCGAGCUCAGUCACAGUGUUACCAAUCCGUUGCUUGAUUCACUGCCCAGUGUAAAUGGCAUCCCACGCAACGCCUUCCUCUAUCGUUUUGCGGCCGUCAGUCCCUUCACCACGACCAGGAAGUUGAAUAUGUCCUCCUACCUCGACGGCCUGAUCAGCCUGCUCUCAGAAGCAACCGAGGAGGGUAGGGAGAGCUCAAGACCACCGGCCACUUCGUGCGAGAAGUACGACGCGCUGCGUCAGCUUCGCGAGAUCGCUGCUAGCGAAAAGUACUCGGCUCAAAUCUAUUCGGAAAUAGUUAUAGAAGCUUGUUUUACCAUUGCAUUCCUGGCCAGACGUUUCCAUUUCGAACUUUACGAUGAAAUGGACUCUCUGAUCGGAGCCUUGGUGCGUAUGGUGGCCGUUGGCAUGGUGCCGUUGGAGAACCAUGUGACCCUCUAUCGAGAGGAGGCAGAUCGACACAAAGAUCGUGAAAUGGUCAGCAGUCGACCGCUGGCCUUCCACUUCCCGAGGAUGCGAGUGAAGUUUGCAGAAUCUCAACAAAGAAUGGUUGGUAUAUUCUACUACACUAUCGCGGACCUUCUGUACAGCCUGCCCUGGCCUAAAUUGAUCCUCUUCUUCGAGUGUCGCAUCUUUCGUCGUAAGGAAAUGACACGCAGUCUGCUUUUCGGGAUCCUCACCAGCAUCUGCAUGAAUCUUCGUGAACUGCGCAGCGAGACAGACCGGCUUUCCAAGAUAACCCCGUUGCCCGAAGCCGAUUCCGCUGCAACGGCCCGCCUCUGGGAGGACCUGCCCGCCAAUAUGUACCUCGAACUGCUAAGGGCUUACGCCCUACGGGUCUUUGAGUAUUACUUCCAGGGCACGACCGAGGAAAAGGUUCAGUUUGGACGAGGGUCUGUUCAUCAGCAUGGAAGAAAAGCUGGCCGAAAGGAUUCCAGCGGCAAACCUAGCAGUUCAAAUAUUCAGGAGGAUACGGUCGGUGGCAGUCAAGCCUCCGGGAAGAGGUCGGAUCGGAAGAAGGGAUUAGGCUCUGGUCGAGGAAACGAUUCUGUGACAGAUGGGCGGAACAAAACACAAAAAAGCACAGUCGAAGAUGUGGCCUCCGAGGAAAAAGAAGCCGAGAACGAAGAAGAGGAUGAUUAUGAUGAAUUGAUCAGCGAUGGCGAGGUGGACUUUACAACAACAAGAAAAACCAUCAUUCCAGGUCGCCUGCCCGAUAUCUUUCAGAUUCACCGGGCUUCACGAUGA